CGUGGAAGUAGGUUAGUUUUGAAACAUCCGCAGUUUCUUCAUAAAUUUUUUCCCUUUGUUUGUUGUGUUCUCUUUUUUUAAAACUUAAAAGUUUAGCAUCAUCUUGUUGCAAAGCUCAUUAUGACUGAGGAUUUGCAUGAUCAUUUGCCUGAGGAAGAUGAUCAGAAUCAUAAGCAGGAUGAUCAGUUGAGUGAGGAUUCACUUUCUGAUAAUAUGUCUGAUGACAAUGACGAUAGUUGGUUUCCGGAGGAAGAGGAAGAGGAUCGGAUUAAGUGGAACAAGAAUUUGUCCGAGAAUCAUGAUCAGUGGAACAAGAAUUUGCCCGAGGAUCGGAAUCAGUGGAAUGAGAAUUUGCCCGAGUAUCAUGAUCAGCGGAAUCAGGAGGAUUCUUGUGAUUAUAUGCAGUAUGCUUGGCAGAUUGAGGUCUUUGAACAUGUUUACCGUUGUUUCUCUGUCUCGUCUCUUGGAAGGCCAGAUCUUGAAAACGGUGAUAAAAUUAUCAUGCCGUCUUCAGCUCUAGAUAGCCUUGUGCGUUUGGAAAUAGAAUAUCCAAUGUUAUUUGAACUGAGAAAUCCUUCUGCUGAAAGAACUACUCACUGUGGAGUCUUAGAAUUCACUGCUGAUGAGGGGAUUGCAUACUUACCAAAUUGGAUGAUGGAAGAUAUGCUCAUAGAGGAAGGAGGCAUUGUGUCUCUGAAAAGCACAAGUCUUGUGAAGGGAAAGUUUGUCAAGUUCCAACCUCACUCCAAAGAGUUUUUGGAUAUCACUAAUCCAAAAGUCAUGUUAGAAAAAUCAUUGAGGAGUUACUCAUGUUUAACAACCGGCCGCACUAUAAUGAUUCCAUAUAACAACAAAAAGUACUACAUUGAUGUGGUCGAAACGAAACCUACUACAGCAAUUUCUAUAAUUGAAACAGAUUGUGAGGUUGAUUUUGCUCCACCUCUUGAUUACAAAGAACCUGAGAAGCCCUUGCUAUCUGAUUUGUCUGAUAAGGAACCUCUGCAAGUUGAAGAAGAGACUGCAACAAAGACUCCCACUGUGAUUCCUUUUAGUGGUUUUGGAAGGCGUUUGGGUGGAAAACCAUCGACACAAUCAGUUGAGCAAACUUCCACUCCAAUUCUCAAGCAGCAACAAACUGAAAAUACCAUGAGUUCCAACAGAACUUCAGGAAAGCUUGUUUUUGGAUCAAAAGCUAAUGCAUCUAAUGUUCAAACACAGCCAAAAGCUUCUCCAAAAAGUACAAGUCAAGAUUCAUCAUCUAAGAAGACAGACACCUCACAAUUCCAAGCUUUCUCAGGAAAGAAGUAUUCAUUAAGAGACUGAUCCUUGUAGGGUUUUUUAUUAGCUGUUUCUUUUGAUAUAUGACAGACAGUUUAGAUUAGUUGACAUGGCUUAGAGCUCAAAUUCUGAUGUUACUUUUACAUAUCCAUGUUUUUUCUUUUCAGUAUAUGAUGAUUAUUGCCUUGCAAA